AUGGCAAAUAAAAAACUAUUCAAUUCAAUUCACUUAAAUUCAACUAAUCCGAAACGAAUCAUUGUACAGAAGGUCGUCUAUACGAUGGGGUGCGGGGUAAGUAAGGUUGGCGCCAUCAGCUCGCGGCCCAAGCGUGGGUUCGGACCCCAAGGUGCCUGGAUCCAGGACGCGUCCAAGAGGUCGACCCCCACUGCCCAUGCAGACCACCACGUCGAUGCCCAGGUCCAGGUGGAACACAAGUGCGAGCAGCGCGACCGCGUCACCCAGACCGACGUCUACGUUCCCGGCACCGACGACCUCGACCUCUCCCUGGGCGAAGAGGACGACGAGGACGAAGGCCUGGGCGACCGCGGCGAACUGUCCAGCGCGUCCCACGAAGCGGUCCAGCCGGACCCGCUCCUUGUGACCUCCUCGGGCGCCGAGCCCAACGGCGCUUCCGAGAUGAACAGUCACGACGCCAAGCGGAGGAUGCUGGAGGACGCCGAGCAGCGGAUCAUGCUGCUCACCAAGAAGAUCCACCUGGACAUCGACAUGACGCCCCGGAGCGUGGCCACCAGCGAGAUCGGGGUGCAGGCGGGCUGCGGCAGGAGCAGCAGGUGGACGCAGACCGAGCGCGCCGGCACGGCCCCGGCUUCGAGGCCGGGGGCGAGGAGCGGCGGCGGGGCUUCCCUGCAUCGGCCGAUGGGGCUACCUCCCGAUGUGUCCGAGCCGGACCUGGGCGCGCUGCUAUCGCGCAUGCCGACCUCGGACAUCGAGUCGCAGACCGAUCCAGUGACCAGGGCGCCCGCCGCCAACGCGGCGCCAGGCAACGAGCACCACGAGUUUUCGGACGACGAGCUGACGUCCCCGAUGACGCACAUCGGCAAGAACCUUGCCGAAGAGGGUCGACUCUCGGAUAGCAUCGCUCAGAUCCUCGACGACAUGGACUCGGAACCCAGACCCCGGACGAGGCUACGUACCAGGACGCGGAGGACGUCUUCGAAGGUCCCGCGCCGGGAGACCGGCGUGCAGACCGUCAACGACCUGGUGACCGACGAAGCGCCCGAGUUCGCUGCUCGACCGCCGCCCUGCAAGAAGCGGGAGAUGAUACCGUCCAUGGCCGUGUUCCAGGACGUGGACAGGAUCGCGUUGCAGGUUCCCGAGAGCUCUCUCGGUUCGCUGAACAGUCUGGUUCGCCACUUGGUCUCCUACUGUCGAAACGAUCUCCAGAAAGUGCGUAUGUUCUUUCGAUGGAUCGCCGAGAAUAUCGGCUACAACUGGAAGCAUAUUGAAAGCAAGCUGACUCCUGACGAAAUCUUCCACUCCAAAGAAGGAGUCUGCAAAGACUACUGCCUCCUUUUCAGCGAAAUGUGCAGACUAGCCAGCAUCCGGGAGAAAACGCUGCAGGGCUUCGCCAAGGGUUUCGAUUACAGGCCCGGACACCAGUUCCACCCGGGUCAGGACGUGACCCACGCCUGGAACGCGGUGUUCAUCCUCGGGGCUUGGAGGCUCAUAGACACCACGUGGGGCACAGGCUUCACCGACCACACCGGGAAGUUCCAGCGUAAAAUCAACGAACACUUCUUCGUGACCGACCCUGAGGUGCUCAUAUGGACGCACUUUCCCCACGACGAAAUGGAAAAGAAUUACUCCAGGUGGCAGCUCCUUGACAAGCCCUUAACCCUGGAGGAGUUCAACUCUCUUCCCAAGAUGACGCCGCAUUUCUUCCAGUUCAACAUGCGCAUCCGCACCAAGCCCCAGAACCCAAUUAUCUUCCGUGUCCGCACCGAGCUCCGGCUCGCCUCUCACGAACCGAUGCGCUACAAGUUCAAGUUCUACCCGUCCGACGAAAUCGAGAACGCAACCCUCAACAGCUACGUGUUCUGUCACCUCCUCGAAGACAGGACGGUGGCCUGCUUCGGCGUCACGCCGCCGGCGGAAGGACGCUACUUCCUCAAGAUCUACGCCAAGCCAGAACGGGACAUGCGCGGUGACACCGCCACCGACGGCGCGGCGAGUCUCCAGAACAUCGGCAUCUUCCUGAUGGAGUGUCUUCGUGCCAAGAAGUACCUGUUUCCGUAUCCCCUCAACGAGGUGCCCUGGGGACCCACCCAGACCUUCUACGAUUACAACAUGCGCUUGGUCGAUCAGACCGGACCAGUGAUAGUGUCUUGGGGCGCCAAGCGUAAGCUGACCAUAGGCCUGUCAGAGACCAUGCUGGUGAGUCAUCAGCUUCUGGACGCCGACGGUGUGGAGAUGGAUCUUAAGGGCAUGAUCACCAGGGAGGACAAGGACAAGAAAGUGACGUUUCAGAUCGUGCCCCAGCGUGUGGGAAUGUUUAAGUUGGUCAUCUUCGCGAUGCCCAAGCCUAAGCUUAAAGGCAAGUGGAGGCUGCCUCUUGUAGCCACCUUUCUGAUAGACUGCAAGCUGACAAGGUUACAGCUGGACGAGGAGCUGAGGUUAGCGCACCACAGACCUCCUCUGCCGGAGGAAGACAAGCAGAAGGAGGAGGAGAAGAAGAAUGAGAAGGACAAAAGGGUUAGGGUAACUAUGAUGCGCUAAUUGGUGAUGGGUGAACUAUUGCUGGGACGAAAGAGCCCACGAUCGUUUGUUGAACAUCAAUCGCUGACAGUGUACUAAUGAUAAAACGCCCUUUGGUCGCUGGAGUUAACCAACAAGCACGAGCUUAUUGUUAGCGAAAUCAAUGAGGUGUACAGUUGUUUCUUAAGUCACAGUACGGCAUAUAAGUCAAAACUCUUGCUAGUUAUGCCUUGCAAUGGUGAAAGACGCGAACGUAUG